UCUUUUCUUAAGCAAGCCCUCUCUUUCUCUCCCUUCACCUUAAACCCUAACCGAACUUUCUCUACACGUCGGCUGGCUCCAUGGCUGGAUCUCAUGAUCAUGUAGAAUCAUUUACAUCUGUUUUUUUCCCCCGUCAAUUCCUUCAAUCGAUGUUUCAGAGAACUUUACUUUCGAUUUGUUUCUUUCACGAGUGUUCUUGGGAUAUCUUUACCUCUCUGUAUGCAGUAUGGCCGAAUCAAUCGAUUUGGACGGCAACCAAACCCUCGUGGAGGCCUUGCCCGCUCUUCACAAUCCACGAGCCAGGCGAUUGAGGUCGCUUGUUUGGAACGAUUUUACCAAGAAGCAAAAGCUGGACGGCAAUUACGAAGCCAUUUGCAACCACUGCGCCAAGAAGUUCACGGCGAACAGCCGGAGCGGCACUACCCACCUGAGGAACCAUCUCAACUUCUGCUUGAGCACGCGGCGAACGGAUGGUCGGAAGCGCGGCAAGAAACAACUAAUAGCAUUGAAAUCCACAAGGAUCAACAAUUAUGAUAAAGAUGGGCACGGGGGGUCUCAGUUUGACCAGGAGGUAAGCAGGCAGGAUCUUUCUAGGAUGAUUAUUUUGCAUGAGUAUCCUUUGGAGAUUAUCAAACAGAUUGGUUUCCAAACUUUUAUUAGAAAUCUUCAACCUCGGUUUAAGCUGGUGUCCGAAGAAAUGUUUAUGGAUGAUUGUCUGAAGAUUUAUGAGAAUGGCAAGAGCAGGCUGUCUGAGUUACUGGAGACACUCCCAUGCCGAGUUGGUCUUACUAUGGAUAGAUGGGGUUCGAAUUAUGGUGCGGAAUAUUUGUGUUUAACUUGCCACUUUGUUGACAAUGAUUGGAAGCUUCAGAGAAAGAUGCUCAAUCUUUUGCAUUUUGAGGCUCCGCCUACUGCAGAGGAUAUUUUUGAAGGAAUCAUGGAGAAGCUGCAUGAUUGGAAGAUCAGCAGAAAGCUGUCUUGUAUGGGUUCGGAUCAAUGUGUGAGUGAUCAAGUUGCAGCUGAUAAUCUUCUUCUUAAUUUUCUUCGCUCGACAGAUUCCCUGCAUCUAAAUGGUGACCUGUUUCUUUUUCAUGGUUUGGUGCAUGUAUUGGAUGUUGUUGCUCAGGAGUCUAUGGUUCAAAUACUUGAAAUAUGUGAGAGAGUGCGAAGUUGUGUGAUUUUUGUGAAGUCCUCACACGAAAAGUUAAAAAGAUUCCAAAAUGCCGCAAUGCUAGCUGAUGCUCCCAAAAAAAAUUUAGUUCUUGAUGUUUCUUCUAAUUGGAGAUCAACUUAUUUGAUGAUUGCAACUGUUUAUGAAUUUCAGAAUGCUUUUAAAAACUUAGAAGAGUAUGAUUCAGAUUUUUCUUUUGAUGUAGAGUGGGGUGAUGUCAAAUCUGUUAAAGAAUGUCUGGAAACAUUUGAUCACAUGAUAAAAAAGUUUUCAGGAAUUAGAGUACCUACGGCAAAUCACUAUUUCAUUGAUAUUUGUGGCAUUCUUCUGCUGUUGAAUUCAUGGUCUUCCAGUCCAGUUCCUGUUAUUGCUAAACUUGCUUCUCAAAUGCUCAAGGGAUUUAAACCAUAUUGGGAUGCAAAUAUCAUGGUUUUGGCAAUUGCUUCAAUUUUGGAUCCUCGUUACAAGAUGAAAUCUGUAGAAUAUUUCUUCAAAAAAAUCUACAUUGGAGAUUAUGAAGCGAAAAUGAAGGUUGAGAGCAUUUUCAGCAGCUUAAGAAAUUUGUACAGUGAAUAUGUCGUCCAUUCUGCUAACAGUAAAAGUGAUCAGGCUCUUUUAUGCUAUACUAGUGGUAAUAGUGGCUGCCUUGUCUUAGAAUGUGGAACAAGUGGAGGCUCUCAUUCGUCUUCUCAUAUUACACUGUCUGAUACACGGCGAGGGCUUGAUCAAUAUCUUCAGCAGACCUUGUCAAGCCAAUCGAUAAAAUCGGACUUCGACUUGUAUUUGGAGGAACCUGUAUACAUAUAUAAAGAUGGUCCUGAUGAUAGCUUCAACGUGCUAGCUUGGUGGAAGCUCAAUGCUGCAAAGUAUCCCAUCCUUUCUUUAGUUGCCCGUGAUACUCUUCCUAUUCCUUUGGGGAAUGUCACAACAAGAAUUGAAGAUAGGCCUUUGUCUCAAUAUUUGAAUUCCCUUAAUCCACUUGCUUUGCAAAGCAUGGUUUGUGCUCAGGAUUGGUUGAGAGGUGAAAUGGAAGCUAACGUAGAGGAAGUUGAAUGUUCAGCAAAUAAUAUUGUUGUUAAACUAUGAUUAUUGAUAAAUAUAGAUUUCAAUUUGAUUAUUAAGCCAAUCAUCAGGCUAGUAGUUUAGAGGUAUACUCGAGUGAUUUUGCAAGAAUAUAGGAGGAAAGCAAAAUUCGGUUCUAUUAACUCACUGCAAUUGCAAGAAUUGGGUUGGGGCUUUUUAACAUUUCUUCUUAUUCCUACAUCUUAGCUAAGCAAAUGCUAUGUUUGUACCCUGGCGUGGCUGGUGUAUAAUGUGUUGUAGCAACUAAUAACUGCUAAUAUAUUUAGGCAGCUUUUUACAUCAUGUAAAACUUUCUUGUCAUUUUGUAAAAUUCUUUUUUAUAUAAAAACAUCUUAAAA